AUGCUCCCAAAGCUCGACUUGCAUGGGGCCAGAGGGCUUCAUCAGGAGCCAUCGAAAGCAUCCGGCAAUGAGGCCGUGAUCUCGCUGCCUCGUUUGCGGCUGCUGCGUCAGGUAGGCCAAGACAAAGACACAGGCACUGCAGGGACACUGCUGCACUCUCCGGGGCGCCGUGGUCACGCAUCCCGAAGCCCUCUGCAUUCGGACGAGGCGCGGUCACCCUCUCCACAGAGAGCAGUGCACAACGAGGAGCCCCCGAGCUACAUGCCUCAGCAAGAUGCACAGCAGCGAGUUCGGCAUCACAUGAAGCAGAAGAGGAGGAAGGCUAGGGAAGAGGAGGACAUGCGCAUGUUGGAGGAGAAGGAGCGUGCGGAGCGCGUUCAGAAGACCCUUCCGCAUGUGGAGGCCUACCGCCACGAGCUGGCGCGAAAGGCCGCAGAGUUGCACCGGCGAGAAAAGGCCGAGAAGGAGAUGGUUGCCCUAGAGCAGGAGCAGUUGACCUCUGCACGUCGGGAACGGGUCAACAGGUAUAUAAAGCCUGAGGUCAUCCAGGAGAACUUCUUGAAGUCCGAGAACGGUUCCACGCCCACUCAGUCUCUGGAGGUGCACAAGCGCGGCAGAGGGAUGGUCCGACCUGGAAGAGAAAAGGCACGGUCACCUUCUCCAGUUCGAGCCGCGCACGGCGAGGACGAGCCUCCUAAUCAUCUGGCUCAGCAAGAUGCGCAGCAGCGUGUUCGGCAUCACAUGAGACAGAAGAAGAGGAGGGCUAAGGAGGAGGAAGAAAUACGCACUCUGGAGGAGAAGGAACGAAUGGAAAGGGUUCAGAAGACCUUGCCGCAUGUGGAGGCCUAUCGGCGAGAGUUGGCACGCAAAGCCGCUGAGCUGCAUCGGCGAGAGAAGGCCGAGAAGGAGAUGGUUGCCCUGGAGCAGGAGCAGUUGGCCUCUGCACGUCGGGAACGGGUCAACAGGUAUAUGACUCCUGAUGUAAUCCAGGAUCAUCUCCUGAAGUCGGUGAGCGGCACCAUGCCCACGCAGCCUCCGCCCGCAGAGUCUUUGCCCGCACAGCCCACUCAGUCCUUGGAGGCACACGAACCGAAACGUCCGGUCGGCUCCUCCAUCCGUCGCGCUCCAAGGGAAGAGCGCGCUGAAGGAAACAGUGAUGCUACGGCAGCGCGCGACAGGCAAAAUGUCAUGCUGUCACCGAGGCGGCAAGAUGCGAGGUCGAGGAUAGCUGGUAAGACUCGAAACACCGCGGGCAGUGAUGCCAAGAAGCGAGCUGCAGGAGAUGCCGGAGAUGUUACUGCAGAUGAGUCCAACAAGGAAGUGCAAAACGCACAACCUGAAGCUGGCGAUGCAGAAGCAUUCGCGGGUCCUCCAACAGCGACACUCGCGACAGUACCUCAGCAACAACAGCCGCAAGCUGAAACCACAGGCGACGGCGAACAAAAGGAAGCGACAGAGACGAACCCAGAAGCAGCGACACAGCCUGCUGCAGAGUCGGCAGAGACCGGUGAGGUCGUCGCAGAGGGUGCUGCAGCAGCAGCCCCAGCAGCAGAAGCAGAUGGAGAAGCCGCGGUGACAGGCGAGGCAGGCUCCAGUGCGACGCAGGCAGCUGCAGAUUCUCCAACAGAGAGUGGAGAAAUCCCAGCUACCGCUGAUGCACCUGGGCCAUCGGUUGAGCAGCCUGCCACACACGAUCCAGCACAGGAGGAGCAAAAGACAGAAGCAACCGGCGAACAAAAGGAAGCGACAGAGACGAACCCAGAAGCAGCGACACAGCCGUCUGCAGAGUCGGCAGAGACAGGUGAGGUCGUCGCUGAGGGUGCUGCAGCAGCAGCAGCAGCUCCAGCAGCAGAGGCAGAUGGAGAAGCCGCAGCGACAGGCGAGGCAGGCUCCAGUGCGACGCAGGCAGCUGCAGAUUCUCCAACAGAGAGUGGAGAAAGCCCAGCUACCGCUGAUGCACCUGAGCCUCCCACGGAAAAUACGGCACAGCAGCAAGAAAAGCCAGAAGAUCCAAAGCAGCCAGCUGCGGAGACGGGUGAGGCAGACGGUGCUGCAGAAGCAGGCAAAGCAGCAGAAGGUGAAGAAGCAGCAGCAACUGCAGUGGCAGCAGUGGCAGAGGGGACAGGCGAUGGAAUCCAGGCAGCUGGAGUUGAAGCGGCUGAGGGCACUGGUGUCAAGUCGGAGGCGGAGGCAGCGCAGAAACCUGCGCCAGAAGCUACCGGAUGA